CAAGGGAACUGGUCUGGUCUAAAAAAAGUGAAAAGUGAUUCUACCAAGUCGACAGGGACAAUUGAGUGGACCAGCAUGGGCUUUUGAGAGCGCCAUCUGCUAGCAAGACGUGCUCUGCCUUGGAAACAUUCCUUGGAACUCUUCGCAGCAUCUCACUCGAGCACUGGACCAGCCCAGACCUCGCAUCGAAGGUUUUGCUACCACUUGAGACGAGAAGUCUGUCUCGCUCUGGAUAUCUCUCUGCAGCUCGAUGCUAGCUUCCCCAGAUAACCAGGCCCUUGCACUGGCCGCUGGUGAGUCUCGGUAUCGAAACAGGCGCUCAAGCUGAAUCGACAAGACUUCCCAGACUGAUGUGCCAACAACGAGCAAGAUUCUCCAAAAUGACCUGGACUGCAGAUCCGUAUCAAGGACAGACCUUUCACUCCACCCCAACCUCACCUCACCUCAAAGACCGACGUCACCGCUAUACACCAGACGCCAGCGGUCCAAACCCGAGCCGCUCCUCACCACCCUUCCAGUAUACUCUAUUUUCCAAACACCAUCUCCCAACUUUGUUCAGAACGCCAUCGAUCCUGAUCCGAGAUCCGCGAGCACUCAAUCCGAAGCAGAAGCGCAGUUCCGAAUCAAAAUCGCCAUCGAACAAGCCUCCCCUCGUGCCGGAACCCUUUCACCCUUUCCCACUCACUCUACCCCAUGUUUCCAAACGCCACUCCCCGUCAUAUCCCGUCCUAUAACGCUGUCAGCCAGCUGGAUCCGGGUGCA